GGUUCCUGUUGUGAGAGCUCGAGCCGGUGUGUGAGUGACAGCAGCCCGUGUGUCUUCCACACAAUGAACCACCUGUGCGUGUGAAGAAGAACCUGACGCGGAACCAUGAAGUUCACCUCCGCGGCCUUUUAUCUGCUCUCCGCGGGGCUUUUGGCGGUGGGUCUGAGGGAGUUACUAACUGGCUUCGAGGAGAACCGAUGCAGUAUGACCUACAUGUUCGAGUACCCCGAGUAUCGGCGUUUGGCUUUACCUCGAAAAGUGGCGCGACUCUAUCCUGCAUAUGGACUCUACCUGUAUGGUGAAGGGCUUUAUGCCCAGGAGACCCGGGAACUUAAGCUCAAUGGCGCCCCUGUACUUUUCUUGCCUGGAAAUGCAGGCAGUUAUAAACAAGCUCGCUCUCUGGGUUCUGUGGCGCUGAGGAAGGCUGAGAGUGCGGAGGGAGGUCUUCACUUCAAUGUCUUCACCGUGGACUUCAAUGAAGAGUUAGUGGCGCUGUACGGAGGUAGUUUGCUGCGGCAGACUCACUUCCUGCAUGAGAGCAUCAAGGCCAUCCUGAAACUCUACAAGCACCUGAAGAAUCCCCCGCGUAGCGUGGUUCUGGUGGGGCACUCGAUGGGUGGAGUGGUGGCGAGGGCGCUUUUCACCUUGCCAAGGUUCAACCCAAACCUGGUCAGCCUGAUCAUCACUCAGGCCUCGCCCCACCUGGCUCCAGUUCUGGUGCUGGACUCGUACUUGCUGGACUUCUACUCUGCAGUGAGGCAGAAGUGGGUGAAUCAGGCCAGCAAGCUUCAGAACGUCACAGUCCUGUCUAUUGGCGGUGGUUACCGUGACUACCAAGUGCGCUCUGGUCUGACCUCGCUGUCCUGUCCGUCCUGGGAUUCCAACAAGUUCUCCCUAGUGGUAACUGCUGUUCCCAGGACUUGGGUUUCCACUGACCACCUCUCUAUCGUAUGGUGCAAAGAGCUGGUUCUUGCCACUGUUCGGGCCUUUUUUGAUCUCCUUGAGCCUGACACCAGACAGUUCACAGAAAACCCAGAGAAGAGGAUGAACGUUCUGAACCACCACUUCAUCAGACACCCUGUUCGGAUGUUGGGAGGCACUCAGGAAACUUCCAUCUCCAUCCUAGAUUCCCCCGAGGCGUGGAGCGAAGUCAACACGCUGCGUCUGGCAUACAACACUCCCAAGGAAGGACAAGUCAAGUACUUCCUGUUCAAUCUGGCAAGUCGGCGAAAAGCCUACAGCCACUUCUACUGUCGAAGCAGCAACCUGGAAAUGACCAGCUGGGUGUUUGGCUGCGUCCACAAGAGUGGGGAAUCAUGCGUGAAGACCGUGGAUUUGUCUCAAGGGACAGAACUUCUACCCUCGUACAAGGUGCUCAUUCUGAGUCUCAGUGACUUGUCCUCUGUUACUCACCUGGUGGUGUCUGCGUCCAACCUCAACGGCAAACAGUUCACAGUGGAGUGUGAGUGGCAGAGACAACAGGCGCAAACUCUGUCCGUCUCAGUUCCGCACGUCCUCUCUUUCGGUUUGACCUCCAGUGACAUCAUUAUCAACUCCUCAGGUCUCCUUCACAACGUUGUGUUGCAACACUUUCGCCAGGUCUACCAGGCUUUCAGAAUCAGCGUGGCAAGUCACUGCAAACUACAGAAAGCUGACAGGUUACCUAACGUGUACCGAAUGAAGGCACCGUGGUUUCGGGAGGACUCACUCACAACAGUCAGUAUCCCUUCGGUGACUGAGAUUUCGGGGAUGCUUCACACUAGCAGUCCAGACAACACAUCCAGUGUGGUCCUACAGCUCCACACUGCCCCCAACUGCCAGUACAAGGUCUCGCUGAGGACUUCCCUGCCCCGGGUGCUUGGCCAGGUCCUGAGGUUCUGUGGGCCCACGGUGCCCGUCUACACGUCUGUAACUCUUCUCCUGGCCUGUGGGGGGCAGCUUAGCUCCAUCCUGAAGACAGGCAGAGCUGCUGCAAUGAGUCAGGUGGUGGGCAGGGGUCUGCGGCCUCACUUGGUGACCCUGCCUGUCUACGCCCUGCACAUCCUGCUCAGCUGUAGCAGCUUCAGAGAGCUGUGGUCCCUGCUGCUGCUGCCUCCUGUGGACAGUCUCCCACCUACCUUCCCUGAUGCAGCCUUCUUUGAAGAGGAGGCUCCAGAGGAGGAGUGGCCCCAUCUGCUGACCCCGCUCCUCUAUAUCUUUGGUGCAGCCGUGGCUUUCUGGGGAAGUGCACUGCUGCAUCUCCUCAUUCGCCUCCUUUCGCUUAUCCUAGCACCACUGCACAGGCCGUCUGUCUCCAGGGACUGUGGGACACUGAAAGUUCGGACGCAGCUUCUCAUCUUUGCCUGUCUGGCUGUUGUGGGUGGGACUUCCUGUGGAGCCAUUUCCCUGGCGGUCGCCUUCCUACUGCACAUCUACAGAGUGUUGAGACUCCAGAUGACAGAGCGCUCUUUAAACCACAUGUUGAACCUGGCUCCUCAAAAGCACAAGGAAGCUGAGAACGGAUCUGUCAACAACGGGGAGACCAGGCAGUGCAACGGCGCCUCCCUCCUGUCAGAGAGCGCUCUGCAGGAGGCUAAGGAUGAUCUGCAGCUCCACCUGACUCUGUCUGCCAUCUUCACGCUUCCUGUGAUGCUGAGCGCACCGUCUCUCCUCCACUGGAUUCGCAACCUGAGAUAUUCAACCCAGCUGGAUCCCGACCCGUCAUGGCCUGUGGUGAUGCCACUCCUCCUCACCUACAUCCUCCUGAUCAACUGCAGCUCUCUGAAGCUGAGCCGCAGCAAACUCCUGAGCCUGACCUCCUGGCUCCCUCUCCCACUGGCUGUCGCCAUGGUGACCUAUUCCCCUCUUCACCUGUACAGAGUCACCUACUUUCUGCUGGCCAUGCUGGCUCCUCUGGCCAUGUGUGGUCUGCUCUGACAGCAUCUGCUGAGCUCCAACCUUCACCACGACUGGCCUUUCUCCUGGCUCCUGUUUGCCACUCUGGAGCUCUGUGAGAUCAAUGUUCUAGCAAUGCCCCAGAAAGUUGCUAGCUACAUUCCAUGGAAACAUUUUGACUCGCUGGAGAGUCGAUGGAAAUAUGUGGGAUGGAAACCAAGUUUGCCUUCAUUCCGUGUCUGUCGCUCUGCCUUACGUCGCGUUGAUUCUCCAGAACCUGUGAGCCGGAGCGAAGCGUUACAGGGUGCGAUUAUCUGAAUGUUCUCGCCAGAGUCCACUGUGGACUCUGUGUCACUGCCUAAAGAUUGGACUUUUUACUGACGUGUCUUCGCCGACUGGUACAGCAGUCACAGUUUGACCAUCGACCUAACAAACCCAAAGUGAUAAUGUUUACAUUGUGUGUGUCACAUUACACAUUCUGGGUGCAGCAAAUGCGUGCGUGUGCAGACAUCUUUGAUAGACAUUGCCUUUUUUUUUUUUUUUUCUUUACGUGAAGUGGUGCAUAAGGUGGCAGCAAGUCAAGAUUGGUCUUAUGUCCAAGUCUUAAAGUCUUCUGGUGCCAAGUCGUGUCUAAAGUCGUACCAGACACAGAUUCGCUGAAUAUGUAGCCACUACUUGACUUUCUUUCAUGCCUUUACUUGGAGCUCUCUGCUUUGUUUUUGGCAAAUUCCUGAGAGUGGAAAGUUGAAAAAAAAAAAAGAUUUGACAAA